AUGACGGGGAUCGGGGGGGAAAGGAAGGAGGCGAAGAAUGAGAAGGUCAGACGGCUGUUAGAGAACGGGAUCCAGUAUUCUCUGCGAGGCUUUCUCGAUUCGACGCCCCUAUUACAAGCUGCGGGGAAUGGCCAGCGGAAGAACAUACGUCUGCUACUGGAUCGUAGUGCUUCUAUAUCGGAACAGGACGGAUUAUAA